GAAGUUCGAUCUCAGUGUCACUGCAGACGUUGUUAUGAUCACCUGCGUUCAUUCGAUGGGGCGAAAGGCAGACCCCCAACCCUACCCCGUCGAAACGUACAGGAUAAUUUAACAUGUUGGUCCUUAGAGGGAGAGAAUGAUCGCGCUGCAGACACUCUAACACGUUUUCGACAGUGGCCACCAUCGUGAGGUAUCAGUGAGGUCCUAGCCUCGAACACCAAUCCACAAAUGCCAAGAUGUUGUCCAUGUGUGGGCUGUUGUGCCGCAUGUUGCGGGGAUGGCGGCACAGCGAGGCUGUCAUGCUCAUGGCCAAGGCCCUUUCGCAACCGCAGUCGACGCUCCUUGUGCAAAACAUGGUCGACUCGUCUUCAGGAACAGUGACAGUGAAUGAGCCAAACAGUACAUCCGCCUUUUGUCAGAAUAGCAGUGACGGCACUGUUGGUCAGAUGAUAUGGCGUGAUAAUAACAAACAAGCUGUUAUAGUCAUCCCUAGGCAACAAGUAGAUCUGAAACGAUGGACACUCUUUCUUGCCUCGUCCUUCACCCAGGGUAGCCCACACAGUAAAACAGUUGAAAAUCAUGAGCAUAAUGCAGGGAGCUCUGAUGUCUCGGGAACUGUUACGAUCCUUCUCGAAGCCUCUUACCGAGAUCACGAAACUGACGUGGCUUUCGAUCACCAUGUCAUGGUGGAACAUCUGUCGCAGCCGUACGCCUGGAAAGCCCGGGGCACUUUUGGUGUGAUUGUUAUGGCCACUCCUCCUCAACUCUUAGCUAUGAUUCAAGCCUUCUUCAAUAAUGCCCUUUUGAUAGAUGAUGAUUUUAUCAUCACAAAGAUAAUGACUGUUGAUCUUGUUGGUGAGCCCUCAACGCUUGAUGAUCCUCUGAGUAUCCCUGAAAGUGUCACACCAGGGGGCCCACUUGCAGAUCGAGGUCUCAGCCAACUGGAAUAUGCACGGAGUAUUUCUCCGUCCGGAUUUCCUGUGCAUCAACUACCAGCUAUUGCAGCCAAAGACUUAGAAGCUCGCAGCAACUCCCUUCACCCUCCGUCACUGUCACAUACCAUGCGCCAUCAGUCCUCUGAAAACUCCACGGAAGAUACCUCCACUACUCUCAACCCUCAGUCUUCAACUGAUAGUGAUAAACAUGUAUCUAGCCUUGAUCCCCAGUCAUCUUAUGACAGUGUGAGUGACUACCCUACGUCAGAUACUGACGACGUCCCCUGCAACGUUUACAAUUUUUAUCCAAGAGGAUGGGCUAUUUCUGGAUCUCAUGUAAUAUCUGGACAGCCAUUGUCUGUAAGAGGAGUUCUAAAUCAAUUAGAAGGAAAGCAAUAUAAGAAGCCAUGUUCUAUUGUAACAAAUCCCAUGGAAGACCUCUGGAAUGAUCCCGAUGACAGUAGUAAAGGAAGAGGGAGUACUUGUACUUUGUAUAGCUUGCAGCGAUCCUCCUGCUUGAAUGGUCCUUCCUCUAAGCAAGAAGACAGAACUUCCUUGCUGAAAGGUGAUAGGAUUGGUCCUGAAUGUUUGCCACGUUACACUUGCAUAUCAGGAGCUGUUAUCUGUAAGAGUCUUCAAGCAGAACCUGGUAGGGCAGAGAGGCAGAUUGUAAGAGAGGCUGCAGAACAUUAUCGUAGGGCAAUUACAUCAUCACAAGAACAGAGGUCUUGGACCAAGAAUAGAAGUUUUGGGUCAUCAGGAGAAGAGGACAAUGGUGGCGCUUCCAGUCAGCAUUCAUUCUCAGGAAACAAUAUCCAAGAGAAAUCAGUUGUGACUCGUGAACCCAGAAGGUAUCCUGUACGAAUAAAGAGUGAAGCAGAUCUCAGUCGAGCAACAAGUUUAAUCAAGGAUAACUUGGCUAACAUUGUAGAAAAUUAUCUUGUUAAGCAGAGUGGAUCACCAGACUUCCAAUAUCAGUUUCCUAAAGUCCAGAUGGAGAAUCCAACUCUAAAAUUACCUCGUCCUUUGCUCCCUAUCGAACCAGAGGUUUAUAUGAAUGGUAGAGUAACCGAGAUCCAGGUACGAAGGCAAGAUGAAGCAAUAAGUGAGGAACCUAGUUCUGUAGUGCCGAUCGUUAUAACCGAGAUCAAAACACCAACACGUGAGGAACUAGAAGAGUCGAGUGAAUUUAGGGGGCUGGAAGCUAAAGAGGAUGACAGAGAAGGGAAAGUGACGGAAAUUUCAGAAGAAAGCAGUCCAACUGAAGUACAUCAAUCAGAGCAGAGUGGAAGUAUUUUAGUUUCUAUUCCUCCUGAAAAGAUUCUGCCAAGAGUGUCUUCAGAUCCAGAAGAACCAUUUACUGUGAGGGGAAAUAAAUUUAAAUUGAAAAUAGUGGAUGCCAAUAUUCCAGGUGUUCAUGGUGUAAAGCCAAAAGAAGUAGGUAAACCAUCAGGAAAAACUGUCAGGAAGUUGGUAAAGAGUGAUGAACUUCCUCUGCCAGCCAUAAAGAGGGAAGGCCGCAUUGACAUACCAGUAGGUAUGAGUAUGGAGGUGGAUCUUUACAGUGUAUCAAAGGAGGCAGGCCCAGAACACCCAGUUUCAGAAGAAGUGCCCAGAGGUGAAAAGCGUGUGGUAGAUUUGUCAGGUUCACAGGUGGCCCUUGAAAAAGUGGCAGAUCAACCAAAAGCUACAGAACAGAUUGUAACAAGUGAACAAAUAAUGGAUGAAGCUGGUAGUACAGAAAAGAGUGUAACAUGUGAAAAUGUCACAGACAAGAUUGAUAUUACCAGGAAGGUUCUAACACCUGAGGAGAUUACAAAGCAGUUUGAUAUUAUGGAGAAGAAUGUUCCUUCAGAGAUAAGUAAUGAUUCAAAAUCUCCAGUCAUUUCUACAGUUAAUCUUAUUGAAGUAGAAUGUUUGUCAGAAAUGAAAGAACAUAAUGGAACAGCCUCAGAGACACUGGAACUGAAAUAUGAUGGAACUAUUCUGCCUGUCAAAACCACACAAGAAAAAGACCAAACUUGUGUCAAUGGAGAUGAAAUUUCAAGAAAAGUGGACAGAGUUUUGGAUUCUGGGGUAGAUGUAGUAAGUGCAAUGGAUUUGGUGAAUGGAAGUGUUGUUCAUGAUUCUUGUUUUGCUAAACUAGAAGACCCUCAUAUUUUGCCAGAGAAGAAAUCUAAUGGGUUGUUGAUAUCUGGAGAGUUAACAGAUUCAUAUAGUACUAAUAAUAAAGAUGGCGUUGGAAGUAAGCGAAAGGAGAACACAUUUGCUGGAAUAUCUAUCAUUUUGGAGGAAAAAACUGUGGAACAAGAAAGCAAAGGCAAAGAGCCUGUAGGUGAAGCCUCUGACAUGGCUGAUGGAGAUAUCAUAAAUGAUGCAGUUGAGAAAAGUUUGGGUGAAUUCUUAGAAGGAAAUAACAACAGAGGAAGUCAAAAGCCUAGGUGUUUGAAGGAUACUCACAAAUUAGAUACAAAGUCAAGCACAGCUAGUGAAAGUUCCUUUGAAUCUUUGCCUUAUAGAAUGCUCAGCUCCCAACCGGAUAGUCUUACGGACGACGUGGUUAUAGAAUUGACGCGAGCGCCAAUAGACUCGGAGAAGUUGAGGGUAGCAAAACAAGAACUUCUGCGUUUGGAACGUAUGAAUGCAAUCUCAAUGGCCAGUCAGUAUAUGACCGAAUCAAAAGAUGAUUUUUCACCUGAGGAACACGGGCCAGAAAGCAAGAUUACUCGUGAGGAUGUUAUGUUAAACCUGAAUGGCAUAAACAGUAGUACUGAGCAAGAGGACCCAAAUCAAGACCCUUUUAACAGCUCUCUCUUUGAUUCAGGAGUGGAGGGUAUGCACAGUGAUCAGAACAGCAGUGGAGGAUCUUCCAUAGCAAAGGUACUGCCAAGUCCUGUGGAGUCAACGACUGAAUCUGGAUUUUCGAGUUUGAAGGAACAGUUGCCAAAUGAGAGUUUAGCACCCGAGGAAGAAAAGUAUGGCGGCCAUGAUGGUGUUUCUCUAAGUAAAUCAAAGGACAGCCUUGACUUGACAGAUACAGACCGUUUUCCUGGAACUGACACACUCUCAGACGACAUGGAGACGUUGUCGUCUACCACAGGAGAUCUGACACUAGUUGAAAGUGGUCCUGUCUCGAAGGAAGGGUCUGCUAGGGGAAGUAUGUCAGAUUCUAUCACUCAGGAGAGUGGAUUUAUGAAAAUGCAUGCAAGUGAACAAGCAGGUGUUACUCUAGACGCUUUUGGCAUCCCCAAUAAUUUCCAGAGCACUCCUUACCAUGCAGCAUGUGAUAUAAGAGGUAGAUUUAGAUCAGCAUCCCAUUCCCAGAAAAGCUCUAUGGACUCGUCCAGUCUCAGUGCAGAAAUACCCGAGAGCAAAAGCAAUGCCGUAGAGGACUUGGAGGAAAGUUCAAAAACUGAGGAAAGCUUGCAAACUGUAUCUGUUAAUGGAGAUGACAAGAGCAAAUGCACUUCGGAUGAAUGCCACGACUCUUUGAAGAUGAACACCAGUGAGUCUCUGUCGUCUGAAGAUACUGUGGUGUCGAGAGUAUCGUUAGAAGAGCAAGCAGGGAAAAUGUUACGUCAGGGGUCGCAAGAAGAGCAGAUUGAAUUCAUGGAUGGUCAGAUACAGAUUACACCUUUAGAAGAAAGGGCCUCCUCUACCCCUGUAGAUGGAGGAAUCGGACUGAAGAAAACUGGUGAAGAAACUCGAGAGUUUAACAUGAACGGUGUCGAUGGGAAUAAAACUGAAGUUGAUUUAGGCUCUUUAACAAGACCGGCUGCUGAUGAUAGUAUUGUACCAACUGACACAGAACAACAGAGCAAAGCAUCACGAAGUCAAGUUAAAGAAAAAUCUGGAUCAUCUGAAGACCUUGUAUCCAGAGCCAGGACUCGGAAAAGUUCUGGUUUCACUGUUUUGGGAGAGCAAGGAAAGCAGCCUUCAGUUGCUGACCUAAUCGAAAUGUAUGACAGUAAGGAUAAUACACAGAGAGUAAGGACACUGAGCAGUAAAUCAUCCAAACCUACUGUGAACGCUGCUGAACAUCAGGGUGCCAUAGUCAGAUCUGGAAAACAGAAUGGUGUUAAAUGUGACAUCGAAGAAACUAUUCCUUCAUCUGAAAUUCGCUGCAGUGUUCAUGUUGAUAGCCCAAAGAUAGUAGAAUCACCUGCCCCAGGACCCAAUGGAAGUAUUAAAAGAAGAUCAGAUGCAACCAGGAAGAGUGAUGUCAGUGAUAGGUCAAGCCCCAACAAUCAAGAAACGUACAGCACGUCCGACCGACCCAGUCGUCAUUCCAGCAAGAGUGGCAUUUCGGAUCUUGAGGACGAGGUGUUUUUACCACCUAGUGAGAACUAUAUUUUUGAUGGCAGGCCAGUCAUUUAUUGCCCAAAGAUAGACAUGGCAAAUCAAGUCAAGGUAGAGCCACCAAAAAUGGCUAUGAGUGUGUUUACUGUGGUACCAUCUAAAGAGCUUGGCAGUAGCAAGAGUAAAGAUUGGAGAGAUUUGAGUACCAUGGGAACCCUACCUUCAGUGAAAGACUUCUAUAAUCAGCAGAAAGAGGAUAUGAAGCCUUCAGCCAAGGAUGGUAUUUCUGACACAUCAACCUUGAGUGAUGAGAGUACAAGAGAAAGUCACUUGGAUGGCUCGCUUCCAAGUGAAGAGGUAGAUUCAGAACAAAAAGAGUCCAGUCAAAUUGAAAGUGUCAAGCCAGAAGAUGUAGUAGAAAAGGAACCAGUCACAAAUAAAGCUGAAAUCAAAACGUCUGUUUCUCAGACAGAAGAAAAGUGUCCCUCUGACAGUCGAGAUGAAUCACAUGAGAGAGAAUUGUCUCCCGAACAAGCUGCAGGAGAAGAGGGUGAUGCCAAAAGAGUCCAAGUGAUUGCACCUCUUGUAAAAGAUGUGACUUUUAAAACUGAUAAGCAGUGCACGUCUUCCCCAACAAGUAUUAUGCAUGAAGGAACAAAGAUGCAAGGGAAACAAGAGGUAAAUUUAAUGGAAACUCCCAAAAAAUCACCAAGGGGAGGUGUGUCUGAGCCAGAAUCUUUAACAUUAGAUAGAACAUCUAUUUUUAGUCCCUCAGGGAAAAGUGAUACGAUACCAGUAGUUACACCAGCCAAGCAACCAAUAUUGUCUCCAGUUGUACAGUCUGCAAUUUCUCCUCGGGCUACGUACGAUCCUUUUACAGGUGACAUCAUUGAUUCUGAGGUAACAGAUGCUCAAGGAGAGAACUUGGCUGAACAGGACAGUUCUAAAGUAUCCUCGGUAGUCGAAGGCGCCCAGAAAAUUAAACCUAAGCACUCCUCACAUGUUCCUAAUUCGGAAGAGAAAGGUGCAGAGGCAGUUAAUGGUGGUAGUAGUACUGUUAAAAAGUCUUUACCGGUGAAAAAAGUUGAAAUAAAGAUUUUAGAUAAUACUGACAGUAGACCAAGAGAAUUGCCUGUCUUGUCUCCCGUGGCUGAACUACGGAGAGAAAAGCACUCGAAACCAGCGAGUAUUUCUGACGACGAAAUGAUCAGAGUGAGUGACAAGGAAGAGAUGAGUGGACAGAGAGGUGAACACAAAGAUUUGGAAAGGAGAAAUAGUGGUAGAAAAGAGGAAUCAUCCAUACAGGAUCUGGGAAGCAAAAGAGAAGUGAAAAGCAUUUCAGACAGUCAGAACAGUGUAGGAGUUUCUGUUAGAAUUGAAUCUAGAACAAGCGAAGAGAGUGAACCUGAGAAGGUUCGUAAUCAAAGUUCAGUUGAAUCUUGUGAGUCAACUAUAAGCAUUAAGAGUGAUACAAGACGACCAUCCAAGGGACACAGUGAACAUAGUGUGAGCUCACUAAAAAAUUCUGGCUGGUGUGUUGGAGGUUCACUGGAAUUCCUUGAAAAGCACAGUGGUGAAGUACGACUACGGUCGAGGAAGGAAGGUUCAAUCUCGAGUGCAAAGUCGGAAGAUUUGUCAAUGAAGUGUGAUAAAGCUAGUCUUAAGUCUCAGGGUUCUCUUGAUAAAUUUCCACAUUUCGAUCAGGUCAGUGCACAGCAAAGAGCACGAGGUGCAAGGAAAAAGAUACUCUCUGUUGACAUUGAUUCAGGAGAAAAAGGCAUUAAGAAUAAGAAUAAGGAGAUGCACAGGAGUGCCACAUUGCCUGUUGGAACGUUAGCAUCAUCUAAAAAGGAAAAGGAAGAGAAGAAGAAGGAAAAGGAGGAUAAGAGCAAGAAAAAGAAAAAAGAAAAGGAGGCAAGUGGUGGCAGUGAGAAAAAAUCCACCAUGAUGUCUUUGAAGGGGUUGUUGAAGAGGAGUAAGAUGAAGGACAAGGAUAAAGAGAAAGACUCAUCAUCCCAAGAGAAGCUCUCCUCUCCUUCUUUGUUUAGGAAGUUUGAUAGGAAGAGCAGAGGCAGCACACAGUCCCCAUCUCAUGAUGAGCACAAACAUGGGGAGAAAGGUAAUGUCUCUGACAGCCCUAAUCGAGAUGUAGAGAAGACCCGCUCUAGCCCAGUAUCAAGUAAUGUCAAAAGCCGCCCUGUCAUUAGUAGCCCAGUUAGUGUCAGGCAGGUAAGUAAGCCCAUGGAUGCGGGUGUAGCAACAACCCUCCGUAGAAGUAGCGCUGCACUUGGUACCUCAGGAUCAGACAGCGAGAGUCCCGUUGGGAGUCUUCAGUCUUCUCCGAAACGUAUUAUAAGCCAUCCCCGCAAAGCUAGUCUCGGAAACCAGCCGUCCCCUAGACUGUAUAGACAUGUUCUUACUCGCCAUCUUUCAAGUAGUCAGGAAUCCGUAGACAACCCCCUUUUGUCUUCAACUCAUUCCUCUCCUCAGUCAUCUCCACACACUUCACCCAAAAGAAAUAAAAUGCCUGCUUCAGCCUCUUCAUAUAGUCUUCCUGCCAGUAGAGAUAUGAGUCCCCCAGCCCCUGUCAUGGGGACGCGAGCACUUCGUGGAUCCAGUAACAGCUUUUCAGUAACAAUUGGCUUUAAACCUACUGUUGAAAAGCGAAAUAGAACCAUGAGUGAAGGGGCUGAUCUCAAUAAGACCUCUCUUUCUCCUGCCAAAAGAAAAGAAGGGUCGCGCAUUUUAACACAACUUAAUAAGCGAUCAUCUUCCAUGGAAAUUCUUGUGUGUGGCAAAAUCAGGGAACAUUGCUCAGAUGGAGGGAAGUCCCCAGGUGGAAGCCCCUUCUCUCGUGAGGGUAGCUUUCGUCUCCAUAGAGAGAUAUCGGUAGAGACAUUGUUUGAACUACCAGAAACCAGUCCCAGGUCUAGCCGUACGCAAAAGGAUUAUCAGGAAUACUUAGAAGAAUUACAUGCCCAGAAUGAUUCUCAUCAUGGAUCAUCUUGUAGUUUGUUUGAAGAUUCAGAAAUUGACAGACAUUCAGAAUACUUCCAUAGAAGGAGUUCACAUCAUAGCCCUGGUGGUAAGAAGCUUAGUUUACCUCACAACAUGCAUCUUUCAGGCUCGCGUGAGAUAGCAGCAUCUAAUCCAAACCUUCAACGCACUGGAUCACCAUUUGUUCGGGGCCUUCCCCACAGUUCCAGUUUUACCUCCAGCCCCUUCAGAAGACCACAUUCGUCUGCUGCUGUAUUCUCUCCAGCUAAGAGAGGAUUGUCAACCCCAGGAGGACCAUCACCACCAGACGGUACCCCAGGUUCUCAGUUGAUGCGAGUAGAAGAAGAAGGACCUUGCCGGAAGAAUUUGGAUAAUGAAACGGAAAAACCUCCAAAUGUUCUUGUUUAUGCAGCCAAUAAGACAGAUUAUUAUGUUGCUAUCAAAGAAACACUCAAAAAUUGUCUAAAUCAGGACAGGUAUAUUAUGUAUCAACUCACGGAUGAAAUGGCUUUCAAGUCUCCCUGGUUAGGAAGCACCACACUACUGGUUGUUUGCGGUGAUGUCCCAGCUCAUAUUUCCACAGCCUUUAUCAGAUACCUGCUACAAGGGGGCCGCGUUCUCUCCAUAUGUUCCGACUUUUUAAAUAUGGCCGUCCCACUCUUUGCUUUCGAGCUGCCCUGGACUUCUAGCCUGGUAGCCUCAGGUACAGUGGAGGUACAAGAACAAGCAGUUGUAUCAGUGAGUUACCAUCAGUGGUCAGGAGUUCAACUGCUGCACCACCAACACUGCUUCCAUUCAUCGCCCCAACACAAACGCUUUUCCAGGGAAGUGGAGAAGCCAAAACCAAUCCCAAGCAGAUCUGCUGUGAGUGUCGAGCCUACCCACGUGGAAAUCACAGACGAGUGGGGAGGACGCCAUCGUCUCAACCUGACCAUUCUCGCAACAGAUGACACGUGGGGAGCUCCAUCACUUCUGUCAGCCAAACUUCAAGGAAACAAAGGAAAAGCUGUAUUUUCUCAGGUGCACUUGGAACGAGAUCCAAGAGAAUGUUUUGGAGCUUCCGAGGUUAGUGCCAAACUGUCAUCCAGCAAUGAAGCACGUCUCGAAAUUUUGAGAGAUCUUUUGUCCACAGAACUGAAUAUGGACACUACACAGACAAAUGCAGCAUCAUUGUUCACUGCAGCAUAUGCUUUAGGCAGACACGAGCUGAAGCAAGAACUGCUCACACACUUGAAACCUCAUAUGGAAGGUCAAGAACUGAAACGUCCUCAGAUUACUAUCCAGUUCAUAGCCUCGGGAGACACUCCGCAGAAGCCAGAUGAACAUAUUCUUCCAAUUUAUAUGAAUGCUUGCCCCAUGACCUUUUCUACUGUUAAGUACUAUGAAGCCUUAAAGACAACAUAUGUGGGGCGCUUGCUCAUAUACUGUGAUGUAAUGUCAUCAAGUAUGAGGGCUACUGCUGGACAUCCACCUCUUUUGAAUGGAAUAGUAGUCCUUCCUACUCAACAAACUCAUGGCAAAGGUCGUGGUGGCAAUGCAUGGUUGUCGCCAUUAGGUUGUGCUAUGUUUACGAUCCAGCUACACGUUGCGCUUUCGUCCACUCUUGGGCAGCAUCUCUCGUUCAUCCAGCACUUGAUAGCAAUUGCUGUGGCUGAUGCAGUGAGAGAUCAGCCUGGUUACAGUGAUAUACCUGUGUGUUUGAAGUGGCCUAAUGAUAUUUACAUAGGGAGAGACCAUAAGAUUGGCGGUGUGAUAGUGGAGGCCUCAACUGUGGGAAACGUGGUCAUUGCGAAUAUAGGAUGUGGUGUCAAUCUGUCCAAUAGCAAUCCCACGUACUGCAUCAACGAUGCCAUCCGGCAACAUAACAAAGAUAACAAUGCGAAUCUUCCUGAGUUGGAGCGAGAAGUCUUCUUUGCCAGAACCUUCAAUGCCUUCGAACAGCUUGUGAAUGACUUCCAGAAGAGUGGGCCAGAGGGAGUGGUCCAUAAGUAUUACAAGUACUGGUUACACAGCAAUGCAACUGUAAUUGUACAAAAUGAGAACUUCAAGUCAGAAUCGGCCGUCAUCACUGGUGUGGACAACUUUGGCUUCCUGGAGGCUCAGUUAAUAUCAGGAGCUUUGAUAACAUUGCAUCCGGAUGGAAACUCAUUCAACAUGAUGGAAGGCUUGAUCUAUUCCAAGUGUCGUCAUUAGGUAUUCACCAACACAAGAUAUUGAGGACUUAUUUUUCGAGGUUUCUGCAACCUCUUACUCUCUUUUCCGUGAUGUGUUUGCUAUGGCAUUCACAUUUACAAGGAAAGAAAAUAAAAAUGCCAACACAGCAGUGUGAUUUCAAGAGUGAAGACUGAUUUGCUGUGACUUGGUGCAGAUGUAGAAAGGGUCCAUCCUUUACCAUUCGAGUGAAAGUGCUGGGCUGUUGAGAAUGUUUUGCCACCAUUUAUGGCUUUGGAAUAUGAUGCAUAGCAGAGAACAUUUGGUUAUGCAUAAUGUAUUUUUUCAAUGGUGAUCAUUUUAUGUUUUAGUGUUUUAUAUUUUCUAUAAGUAUGGAAUGGAAAAUCAAGUUUUAAGUGCUUUAUUAUCAGUGUAUAAAUUGACACGUGCCGUAGUUUAUCCAACGUCGAUUUGUAAAGUUUCCGCCGACUCAGCGCUUACGAAAAUGACUGCUGUUUUUACGAAAGGCGCCGAAAAUAUUUUGUCGAGGAGAAGAGUGGUAUUGUUUUCAGGGACAGGAGAAAAGAUUUUCAAGGCCACACACAUUGAAAGUAGAGCUGUGAAUUCCAAUGGCGCGAAGCGUGACGUCAAAUACCAGCGUAUUUGUGCAUUUAACUCUACUUAAGUGUUUUUUAUAAGUUAGGGCUUUAUAUUGUUACUGGUGCAGCAAUAAACCAUUGCUACAGAAAUCUAUACAGGACUCAAAGAGUGUUUGUUAGUCCAAUGUACAGUACAGUAAAGGCAGAAGGGAGAAUAGAGAAUAUUCAUUUCUUAUGUUCAUGACCGUUUUCAAGUGUCCAGGAUGUUAAUGCUUCAGAGAAAUAAAUGAGAUUAGUUAAUAGUCUGUUCUGUAGUGAUUUACUUUUGUUCUUUAUCUUAGAAAAUACUUCCCAACUGAGCUGUAAUUUCUUUUGUAGCAUCCCAAAUUUUGCACUCAUGUUCAUUGCAAAUUUAUUAUAUAUUUAGCGGUUUAGUUAUUAUUAAUGCUAUGAAUAACAAGUUUGUAUCUUUUUGGUAUUAAUUCACAAUUUUAUACAUUUUUUGGAAUUAACUGUUAGAGAGACUGUGAGUGGACUUUCUAUUUUUUUCUUCAUUUCAUUCAUCUUUUCCAUUAGAAACCACUUACGUUCUGGAAUUUUUUUUUAUUCCUGAUAAGCAAAAUUUGGAGUACAGUACUUUUCAAUUUUUUCUGUAUUUCUUUCAAAGUUACUGAUAUUAUGCAGUUCUUUCAUUUGAAUAUUUGCCUACUUAUGUGAAGUCUAGAGAGCAGAGCAUGGAUUGUUUACUUGACUGGAACGAAUUUGUCCCUGUACACAUAUGCCUUUUGAAAAUGAAUUGUGCACAUCAUUAGUUUUGUUCUUCAUUUAAGGAGAAAGUGAAAAAUGGGCAGCAGUUUGUAGAAGAUCCUGUGUAACAUUGUUUUUGGGGACACUUUAUCCACCUUUACUGGGUAGUUGAAGUUGCAAUAACUAGUUGUUGGUAGCUCUUAGGUGUAAUUUCAGGAAAUGUGUGUAGCAUAAAAGAUAACAACAAGCAGUUAUGAAGAGAACAAUAGGCAGCUAUGGAGAGAGGUGUAUGAGCAUGCAUGGUUAGCCUAUGGGAGAGAGGUGAAAUUAGCAUUCUAAGUGGGAUAUAUGAACAAAUUUGUUUAUAGCAGGGAUGUUGAAAAGGUAUCCUUUAAGGGGAUGUAUUAGUAGAUUGGUAGCACAUAGAAAAUGGAACAGCAGCUCAUAAGUGGAAUAAGCAAAGUAUGCUCAACACAUGAAAGUAAGAAGAGACACCUCUUAAGAAAGAUAUAUGAAGCAUAUUUUAUUAUUAUUAGGUAAUGGAACCAGACCACUAGCUUAAAAUUCCUAACUACCAUUGUUGUGGCCUGUAGAGUGGAAUAAGAAGAGGCAUUUUGUGAUGUGUACUACAUUAUAUGAAAGUGCGUUGUGUAGAGAAACAGGGAGAAGUUGCUAUGAUGGAAGCACAUGAUGAGGAUAUGAAAUGUUGCAGGAAAGUGACCUUUUUAAUGGAGCAGUGUUUGUAAACAAUAAGAAUGUAUGUUCUGAUAUAAGGAAGUACAGUAUAUCAUGUGCUAAAAUAACCAUGGAAACUAAUUGUUCAGUGGUUGUUGCAGCAAAGCUACUCAAGGGUUUUGACUGAAUUUCUGUUUUGAGUUUGAAAGUACCAGUAUUUAUUAUUCAUUAUUAUGGCGAAAGCUGUCAAUUAUUUUCUCACACUGAUGGUUGGUUUACUUGUUAAAAAUUUCAUAUCAAAAUAUGGUUAUUAACAGAAUGGAUCUGAUCUACUGCACUAUAUUCACAGAUUGAGAAAUUAACUUUAGAAUUUAUUAGUGUUAUUAUUUUUUGGGGUGGUCAUUGAGUAUUUUGAUUGAAGUUCGUUCACCGAAGAGGAGUUCGUCAGUCUUUGUGGUUUCAGAUGAAAUAUUCACACAUUUUUGCCUGGCAGUAGGUAAUGUUCUUCAAAGAACUGAAAGUAAAAAUAGAUGCCAGUGCAACAUUGGUUUCCCAGACUUUUAUGAAAUGGGGUUGAUUUUUUUUUUCCAUCGGUGAAAGCCUCGUUACACUAAAUCGCCUAACAUUUUAAUGAUUAGAAAAGCGUUUUUUUCGAUAUAUUACAUAUAAGUGUGGUGGAUGGAAGGUUAGCAGAAACAUUUGUGGAUAAACUGAGCUUUGGUUUUCAUCCUUUUGGUUAUUAAUAGAAAUGAAAUUUUGUAAGAUAGGAAAAAGGGUGUCCGGUCAAGUGCAAUGGAAGAAAUUUUGAAUGGGUGAAUCACAAAAGCAUUAUCAAGAAAGUACUGUACUCUCAAUGAAUUUGAAGAUAUUGUUGCUAUGUAGUUGGGAAUUCUGAAUGAAAUUAGAAAAACUAUUUGAGAUGGUAUGGAAGCAAGUUACUUAACUUUCACUCCCAGUAAGUUGCAGUCACCUUGAUCAGGAUGUUAUUAAUACCUUUGUUCUGUAUUACUGUAUUCGUGCAUUCUGUUUUCCCCUCUUUAAUUUUGUCUCCAAAUAUGUGAUGAGAUUCAGGGCUAUUUAUUGAGAAGGGUCUUUUACUGUUUCGUGUUGUUAAACAUUUUGAGGGUUUGACUUCAAAGUACUACUUCAGAACGCUGGAGAUGUAUCUGCAAUGUAAGAAUUCUGUUGGAUAUGCCACUUUCAAUUAAAGUAUUUGUGAGACUGUAAUUAGUGUUAGUAUAGAUUAGAGAAAUUGAAAUUGUAUGGGACUUUGAUAAGUCAUGUUACAUUGCUGUGUAAACUUGAGAAUUUUCUGCCCAGUCAAGUUCAUUCCUUAAACAUAAGGACUUCUAUAUACCUUAGGGUUUAUGUCAAUUAAGCUGGAACUUAUAAAGUCAAUUGCAGUAAACUUGUACUCUAUGAAUAUUCUCUGUUGUCACCUUAAGGGUGAGAUAGUUAAGUGUAGCCACAUACUAAACUUGAAUAUAUUUUGCAUUGAAUGUCUUUAUUAUGAAUAAACACUCAACUCUACUAUGAGCUCUUAAAGUGGUAGGUAGGAAUAUGUACAUAAAUAUAUUUGUUUAAAAAUUUUAUAUUAAGCAGUAUGUGAUUGUUGUUGCUUUAAAAUUUUGAAGUACUACUGUACUGUAAACAUGAUCUCAUUCUGGAGCCUCUUGUUUGUUUUUGCAGUGUGGAAACAGGCAUUCACUUGACAAGGCAAUAGUCCUCAUGAACUAUUUUAUCAUUUUAGUAAAAUGCUGCUUAUGUUACGUGAUGUUUGAGAGAGCGUCGAUUAAAAGGGGAUGGCACACGAAAGGGUAACUGCCAGUGGACUUGUUACACGUUUCGUCCGCUGUUUGUCAGAUUCUUUUGUGUGACUCUCACACUGGAAAGGAUUUGCCUUGUUUUGUUUCUGAAAGAAGCGUUUUCGUAGGAUUCCUUUGAUUUCCUUUCCGAACCUUAGUUAGUGUUUGGUGUAAGGCAAGCUUUUUCUUGGUUUGUUGUAGUGUAGAGCAUUAUGCUUCCAUUUACAUCAAAAGAGGUAUCAUAAUUGUUAUUGAUUGCUCUGUUGGUUGCAGUGAUAUCUGUAGUUCCUAAAAGGAAAAAAAGAUUGGUAUUUAUGGAGUGGUGAUCUAGUUCACCCUUUGCUAGUGUUAACUUUUUAGAAUCUCUUUGCAUCUUAAUCUGAUCAUUCAUGAACUUGUAAGGGGUCUUUUAAGAGACAAUUUUUGUAAACCUUUUUUUGUGUACUAACUCUUGCCAUCAAGAGAUGGUCAGUGGAAUAUUUGCUGUCUUCACAUUUACUCUCCUAAUGCAGACUGUCAUAAUUUACAUCAAAUGUUAUUGCCAUGCAAAAUUUGCUUUGUGAUGCAACUUGACAGAAUAAUUCUUAUUAGUUUCAGAAGAGGAGGAAAGCCACAGGUUGUUUCCAGAUUCUUAUCUUGAAGAAUUGAGUUCAUUUGUCCCUUUUGAAGUAAGGCAUGUUGAAAGAACAAACAUUUUCUAUUUAGAGAGCUCACAGGAAUCUUUUGAAUCGCUAGCGAUGAUAUGUCAUCUUCAAAGUGUGGCCUUUGUCUCUUGCUCUUAAAAUUCAUGAAGGUUAUAGUAAAACUUGACUGUCACAGAGACAUUUGCAGAAGGUCACAUGUCGGUUUGAAUUGUGUUCUGUCUAGUAGUUACACCGAUGCAGCACACCCAUUCGUUUGUUCCUGAGAGAACCACACCCAUUCUUUUGUUCCUGAGAGAACCACACCCAUUCUUUUGUUCCUGAGAGAACCACACCCAUUCUUUUGUUCCUGAGAGAACCACACCCAUUCUUUUGUUCCUGAGAGGACUGGUACUUACUGAUGUAUAUGGUAUAGGAAUUUAUUGUGGGUAACACCCAGUUGCAGCUUGGGCAAUAAGGCGUGUAAUUCUCGGCAAGCUGGGAUCUUUGUGCGUUAUAAGUUUAAUCCAUAUUUGUAUUAUGGUUGAGACAGGUUGUUCUUUUAGAAAUUUCAUGUCAUUUUAUCAUGCAACACUUACAAGAUCAUAAAUGAGCUUUGAUGUCGUAAAAGAGGUUACCCUCUUCAUUGCUUUGAAUAGCUUCAUUGUAUUAUGAUAAAUGUGUAUAUAUAUGCUGUAUAUAUAUGUAUACACAGUAUACCUAAUUAGUAUACAUUCUUCUGUGGGAAACAAUAAUGCCUGCUUAUAUACUACAUGAAAAUAAUAGAAAUGUUUUAGUACAGUCAAGGAGCAAAGAAAAUGUGGAUUUGAAGGGAUAUCUUUACCUACGUAAUAACAUUCAAAUAUGAAAUCUAUCGAUCACAAAAUUCUCAAGGCAUUGUUGUUUUGGAAUUCCUCCAGGUAUGCAUAUCCAGUGUCCUACACCUUUGCUGGUUCAUUGGUGACAAAAGAAAUAUAUUUUCAGACUUUAAUAGAGUUGAAGUAUCAGUUUGGAAAGAAUUUUUAAAAAUUUCAUCAUCUAUAAAUUUAAGGUGUAAUGACAAGAUGAAAAUGAUGCAAAAGGCUGCACAUGGAUUCAGAGAAUUAAUGUGGGCCUGUUGUUGUCUGCAUUGGAGAUUCAAAUACAUGUACGUAACAUUUUCAGCGAAAUUCCCAUACUGUUGAUGUUCUCUUUUUCAAGAGUGUUUUUUGAACUACAAAUAUGGUAAGAUCAUCCAGAUGUUUGUGUAAACUAGCAUAGAAUUUGCUAAAUAUUUGAAGGUAUGUACAGUACAGUACAUGUUACAUUUGUGUGUGUUUGUGUCUCUCUUUUUUUUUUUUUUUUUUUUUUUUAUUCUUAUUCAAGGUCUAUUAAUAUCAAAUCUCUCUCCUGACCAAAAAAAGAAUGAAAGACAUUUUCUCGUCAUGAUAAACGAUAGCAAAUCUUGUUUUUUGUGAUCCUUGUAGAGUACUUAAACUCAUUUUCAUUCUCUUAAAUGUGGAUGUGUGUUAUGUAUGUAUUUUGUGUACAAAUUACCUUGAUUUUUACUAGAAAUGCCAGGUAUUUACACACACAAAUGUGUACAUGAUGUUAGUAUGCACAUUGUAAUAGAUAUUUUUGUCCAUGGUUAAUCACAAAUCCAUUCAAUUGAACUGAUUAGUAUUUGACAGUAUACAGAAUAUGUGUGUACUUGCCGCAAAUUCUAUUUAUCUUUCUAUCUGUACUAUGUAUCUAUUUUCUUGGUCUUUAUUGUUAAAGUCUCUAAAAAUAUAUAUAUAAAUAUAUUUUCUUAAUAAGUAUCUCCAAUGGCAGCCAUUUGUGUUCCAAGGAGCGUACUUUCAACUCUUACCGAUGGGUAAGUUGUGCCAAGGUGCGUUUCCUAGGUCUGGUCCAUUGUAAGCUUUGUUCCAGUGAACAGGAAAUUCAAUCAAACCAUUCUGUUGACUGGAAGGUCAAAUCCACGGGAGACUCACGGUACAUCAAUUCUGUUUUCCGAGGGAGAGAUCUGGCAGAGUUGAGUUAGACGACUGUACCUGGUUUGGUUAAAAAAUGUGAAAAGACACAUAGGUAAGAUCAUACGGAUUUGUCAUUGCCCUAUGCAUCCCUUUAAAGUAAAUUUACCAAAAUCAUUUUAUAGAUAUGUACGUAUAAAUAUUGUUUAAAUUAGGAUUACUGUACUGUGCAAUGAGCCAGGUCACAUCUGUCUAUUGGGUAACUUUUACAGAUGCAUACGCUUAUAGACUGUACUCAAACGAAUUACAGUACACAUGGAAGUCAUGCAGAAUUGGCCUUAAUUAAUACUUAUUUCCUUGUGGACCUGUUUAAGAAGCAGUAUUAUUCUGUGUUACAGAUUAUUAAGGAAUUAGAGCCCAGAUAUUGAUAGAAAUACAAAUACUGUAAUGGCUGAAAUACCAGAAAGUUAAGUGAGAAAGGUAAUAUUUUGAUUUACAAAUACCAGAUAUGCAUAUAUAUCUGAAGGAAUGUGCAUAUUAUUUUUCAGUUGUAUUUGCUCAUUUUUCAAUUGGAUUAUGGAUAUAGUACACUAAAUAAUGUGAGGCUCUAUUUAGUGGUGAUUGAGGAGGGCUGCAAAAUUAUUUGGAAUUCCUUCUAAAACAUACACCUGAAUUUCAUCCAUACAUCAACAUCACAAAGUUUUCUAAAGCAAGAAAAAUUGUAUUUCUCACGAUUCUUGAAGAUUUCCUGACAUUCUCUUGACACUCAUGGCAAUACAGUAUACGUACAUAGUUGGUUUAGAUACCUAGCAAUCAGUCUAUACAAGUGAAAUGCUCUGAAUUCUAUUCAAUCUGCAACACUGAAUAGCAGUCAAUGUUAUGCCUUGGUUGUGGCAGGGGUUUCCAACAAACAAAUUACAUGCCAAGAGCUAAAUCUAUUUUUAUUGUAUAAUAUGAAAAGCAAAGCACCAAUUCCCUUCAAUUACUAUAGACCUCUUUUCAGUUAUUCAAGGAUUGUUUUGAUACUGUGAUCAGGCUAGGGGAGUCGUAAUCCACUCACACUAAAUGUAUGUAAUACUGUGAUUAUUAUUGAAGUCAGACUUAUUUUUGUAGUCUUCUGUAAAUGAAUUGUUCACUGUAUGCCUUAUAUUUUCCUCCAUAGUAAUACUUACGUCAGCAUCAGAUGUUAACAUUUCAUUCUUCGGAUCGUUUUAGAUAAUUUAGAACUAAUCUGUUGCAUCAUUCGACACAAUAAAACAACUAAAGACAGCUAAACUGGUACAAAAGUGCUAACAUUGGAGUGAGGGAAGGGAUAUUUAUCAUAAACAUUUUAUUGAGUGGUGCAACCCCUCUGCGCUGAAGCCUUUGUGGUAAGAUCCAAUAUUUUUUGUAAAGUAGUGCCAAAUACACAUUACAUAGUUGGAAAUAUUUUAAGUAUAUUGGGAGAGCCCUCAGAAAAAUCUGUUUGAGUCCUUUAUUUCAUUAAUAUUUCAUUUUAUGUAUUGUAUUUACGACUUUUUGAAGUCACAGUAUGAAUGAACAUUUUUAAGGAUAUUGCAUCUGCCUAAUGCUUCUGCUAAGAGUAUGGUAUGGGAGUACUGUAUGGAUAUGUUAACACAAAUAUAGUGUUCAUUCAUUUACGAUAUGCCUAAAUUUAUGUUAUAUUUUUUAUUUGUUUUGAGUAAUUUGCAGUAAAGAUUAUUGGUGUUUCUGGUUAUGCAUGUUUUACGUCUCUAAUGCUAAAAGUUCAUUCAUAUAGAAUUAAGAUUAUGUUAUUCUGUCAGAAAACAGAUAUUCAUUAAAGAAGUGCUAAAGACAUAAGAUUUCCUGUUGAAUUGCCACAUUCUGAACCAGAGGUGAAAAGCGGAAGCAUGGGUUGUAAAGCAGAAUCAUUGCAAAGAAAUACCCAAGCAUGCUUUGCAUUCUAGAGUAUUUCUAUAUUCAUAAUGCAUGGAUACAGGAUAAAACAUUUGUUUCAAGGUGCAAUAUCCUUUCCAAAAGACCAAACAUCUAGCUUGUAGCUUCAUUUCAGUAGUUCCUUACCACGCAGGCUUCGUUUAAAAAAAAAUAAUAUAUAAUGUAUAUAAACUGUUGACUAUUGUUAAGUGGCAUAAAGGCAAUACUGCACAAGCAUGCACUGUGUAAGAGAAUUAAUGUCAGCAAAGAUAUCUCCAAAAUUUUGUGCUGAAGCUAGAGAAGAAGUGUGCAAUUUUUGAAGAUUAAUUUCUCAACAUUAUUCAGGAAUUAAACUAUGUGCUUGUGUAUCAACAAUCUGUAUGAAAUCAUGUGAAUGCAUUCCAGUAAAGGAAGUAAUGUAA